GAACACCGGUGUUCCGUCGGUUGCGUGAUCCCAGUUUGAGGCUGCGCGGCUGCGUGUUCCUACGUUACGCAAUGCAGGCGACAGCUAGCGCUAACUAGCUCUAGUGUAUAAGUCCAGCAGCUCCGCGGUGUCAGUGUGUCCGGGACCCGGUGACGGACGCAGCUGGGGGGCAGCAGCUUCUUCACACUUCAUUAAUCUCUUUAAGUUCCUGGUUUAACGUGACAUGGCUCUGGUGGCGCCGCUGAGGCGACUGGUCCACGCCGGUGUGCGGGAAUGCUGGCGGAGGACGGCGGGGAGGACGGGCGGCUGGCCGGCCGCUGGCCGCGGCUUCACCGCGGGGACCGCAGCGCUCAGGUCGGACAAUAAGGUGACGGUCCACUUCGUCAACCGAGAUGGAGAGAAGAUCACGGUGAAGGGGUCGCCCGGAGACUCUCUGCUAGACCUCGUCAUCAACGAGGACCUGGACUUUGACGGCUUCGGAGCGUGUGAGGGAACUCUGGCCUGCUCCACAUGCCAUCUGAUCUUCGACGAAGACGUUUACAAGAAGCUGGGGCCGGUGACGGACGAGGAGAUGGACAUGCUGGACCUGGCCUACGGCCUGACCGACACAUCUCGUCUGGGUUGCCAGAUCUGCCUGACCAAGUCCCUGGAGGGGUUGGUGGCCCGAGUCCCAGAGACCGUAUCCGACAUCCGGCAGAGCAAAGGCGGCUCGUCCUAGCUGGGACCCCGGACCUCAGAAACACUGGUGUGGACGCUCACCUGCCAGGGUACGAUCUGUGUGCACGGUGGAGGGUCGGAGGCUGUCGGUGACGGAGCUGCCACGGAGCCGUCCUGUGCUUUUAACAAAGAUUUUUAACAAGCUGAACUCUUACCAGCAGUUUAUCUGUAGAAAAGUUUUUGACUUGUGUACUUCCUGCUAUCUAAAAGACCAAUAUCACACAAUCUGUCCUUUUGAAUCAUAAUCACAGCUAGGAGGGAGACACGCCACUAGUAAUGAGUGAAGGCCGGGUGCAGCCAUCGUCCCUUUUCUCCUCUGAACAUCACCCAACUUAAUUUCCGUUGUUUUUUUUCUUGGUUGGAGAGUUCAAGGCCUUAACCGCGACCCCCGCUACAGUCGUCCACCAUAUUUUUAUUUAACGCACGUAUACGCCCCGUUAUUUUAAUUGAACUCUAAAUGUAACCAUUUUUAUCAUGUGAUUGUACAUAGCUAGAACACAUCUGUGGAAAAAUGAAUAAAACUCAACUUUCUAAUG